CCCAGCCACUGACCGGCGAUUGAUAAAUGAUCGGGAUCAAUAUCUCCUCACCACGGUGACCUCUGCUGAGCUUUCUUCUGGGGAUAAAAACCCCAAGCGCUGCCGCUGCUCCCUUUCUGUCCGGACGCGUGUUGUGAAUUAAUAACCAAGACAGCCUCACCUGAAGUGUGUGCGUGUGUGUGUGUGUGUAUAUGUGUGUGUGCGCACACUAAAGUGUGUGUGAGAGUGUGUUUCCUCUGGACCAGAUCAAGGAUCGAGGUGUUUCACUGGCUUGGUUCCGCACGUAUACACGCACACACACACACAUACACAGACAGACACAGCACACACCGGGGGGAUUCGGGCACCGCAUGCCGGGGACAUGUGGAAGUUUGCGCCGCUGUAGCGCAGCCAGAGAGCCGGUCCGCCGCCUCGUCGACCUCCGCUCUCCCUGCCCGGAGGGACCAAAUUCCCGGUUCACAGCUUCCACACAUCGAAGCCCCUCUGAGAGGACCCAAAUGUAAAUCCAGAGCGAGAAAAUCUCAGAAGCACACGUCUGAAAAGGGAGGACAGCGAGAAGGAGGACGGCAUCCCGCGGCGUGCAGAGUUGUGAGAGCUCUUUCGGGGGAUUUCGGGGCUUUUAUUUCUUAACGCCCUUCUAUUUUCUCAGUGUUUUGUGGGUCUCACGUUGGCCCCCACUUGCCGCAGUGAUGGUGGGAGCUCUGAGCCCCGUUGGCCCUGGCCGCUCCCCGGCGACUGCGCUGGGGCUGCUGGUGGUGGCUGCUCUGGUCCUGGUCCUGUCCGGCGGAGCGGACGGCCAGCCAUGCCCGACCCAGUGCUCCUGCACCGGGACCACAGUGGACUGUCACGGCCAAGGGCUCCGCAGCGUGCCCCGUAACAUACCCCGCAACGCGGAGAGACUGGAUCUGAAUGCGAACAACCUCACUAAAAUCACCAAGGCGGAUUUUGCAGGACUGAGACAUCUGCGAGUGUUGCAGCUAAUGGAGAAUAAAAUCAGCACCAUCGAGAGAGGAGCCUUCCAGGACCUGAAGGAGCUGGAGAGACUGCGCCUGAAUCGGAAUAAUCUGGCUGUCUUCCCCGAGCUGCUUUUCCUGGGAACGACGAAGCUCUACAGACUGGAUCUCAGCGAGAACCAGAUUCAGGGAGUUCCGAGGAAAGCCUUCAGGGGAGCUGUGGAAAUCAAGAACCUCCAGUUGGACUACAACCACAUCAGCUGUAUAGAAGAUGGAGCUUUCCGAGCGUUACGUGACCUGGAAGUGCUCACCCUCAACAACAACAACAUCAGCCGACUGUCUGUGGCCAGUUUCAACCACAUGCCGAAGCUCAGGACCUUUCGCCUGCACUCCAACAACCUGCAGUGUGACUGCCACGUGGCCUGGCUUUCGGAGUGGCUGCGACAGCGCCCCCGCCUGGGUCUCUACACACAGUGCAUGGCCCCGCCACACUUGAGGGGACACAACGUGGCGGAGGUGCAGAAGAAAGAGUUUGUCUGCACAGGUCACCAGUCGUCAUCAUCUUCCUCCUGCAGUGUGUUACAGUGCCCAGAGUCCUGCACCUGCAGUAACAACAUUGUGGACUGCAGAGGGAAGGGACUGACAGAAAUACCCACCAACCUGCCCGAAACCAUUACUGAGAUACGACUGGAGCAGAACGCCAUCAAGGUGAUCCCAGCUGGGGCCUUUUCUCCUUAUAAGAAGCUGCGCAGGAUAGAUUUGAGUAAUAACCAGAUUUCGGAGUUAGCGUCGGACGCCUUCCAAGGUCUGCGCUCCCUCAACUCUCUGGUACUAUACGGGAACAAGAUCACGGAGAUUUCCAAGGGACUGUUCGAAGGAUUGUUUUCUCUGCAGCUAUUGUUGCUGAAUGCUAAUAAGAUAGCGUGCCUCCGUGUGGACGCAUUUCAGGACCUCCACAACCUCAAUCUGCUCUCGCUAUACGACAACAAGCUCCAGACCAUCGCCAAGGGGACGUUCUCGUCGCUGAGAGCCAUACAAACACUUCACUUAGCCCAAAACCCAUUUAUCUGCGACUGCCAUCUGAAGUGGCUGGCAGACUACCUUCAGGACAAUCCCAUCGAGACGAGUGGCGCCCGCUGCACGAGCCCCCGGCGGCUCGCCAACAAACGAAUCGGACAAAUCAAGAGCAAGAAGUUCCGCUGCUCAGCCAGAGAACAGUAUUUCAUCCCAGGUACGGAGGAUUACCGCAGUAAGCUAGGAGGGGACUGCUUCGCCGACCUGGCCUGCCCCGAGAAGUGCCGUUGUGAGGGCACCACGGUCGACUGCUCCAACCAGAAACUCACCAAAAUACCAGAUCACAUCCCGCAGUACACUGCAGAACUGCGUCUGAACAACAAUGAGUUCACUGUGCUCGAGGCGACGGGGAUCUUCAAAAAGUUGCCUCAGCUGAGGAAGAUCAACCUGAGCAACAACCGUAUCACCGACAUCGAGGAGGGGACAUUUGAAGGAGCCUCAGGGGUCAAUGAGCUGAUUCUGACCUCCAACAGACUGGAGAACAUACACCACCGCAUGCUGAAGGGACUCGGCGGCCUCCGCACACUCAUGCUGAGGAGUAACCGCAUCAGCUGUGUGAGCAACAGCAGCUUCGUGGGGUUGAGCUCAGUGCGUCUCCUGUCGCUCUACGACAACCAGAUCACCUCCAUGAACCCAGGAGCCUUCGACACGCUGCACUCCCUGUCCACGCUCAACCUGCUGGCCAAUCCCUUCAACUGUAACUGUCACCUGGCCUGGCUCGGUGACUGGCUGAGGAGGAAGCGUAUCGUCACCGGUAACCCUCGCUGCCAGAGUCCUUAUUUCUUAAAGGAGAUCCCCAUCCAGGAUGUAGCUGUCCAGGACUUCGCCUGUGAAGAUGGUAACGAUGAGAACAGCUGCUCUCCGGUGCUGAGGUGUCCGGCAGAGUGUUCCUGUCUGGACACUGUGGUGCGCUGCAGCAACAAGGGCCUCACCACGCUGCCCAAAGGCCUGCCCAAGGAGACCACUGAACUGUAUCUGGAUGGAAACCACUUCACUCAGGUUCCCGUGGAGCUCUCCAAUUACAAACACUUAACGCUCAUUGAUUUGAGUAACAACCAGAUCAGCACGUUGUCCAACCACAGCCUCAGUAACAUGUCCGAGCUGCUUACCCUAAUCCUGAGCUACAACCGCCUGCGCUGCAUACCAGUGAGGGCGUUUGACGGGCUCAAGUCCCUCCGUCUGCUGUCUCUCCAUGGUAACGACAUAUCACUGAUACCAGAGGGAGCCUUCAAAGACCUGUCAUCGCUCUCCCACCUGGCUCUGGGCGCCAACCCUCUGUACUGUGACUGCCACAUGCAGUGGCUGUCAGACUGGGUGAAGAGCGGCUACAAGGAGCCUGGCAUCGCCCGCUGUGCCGGGCCCGGCGACAUGACCGACAAACUGCUGCUCACCACGCCUUCCAAGAAGUUCACCUGCACAGGUCCCGUAGAUGUGAGUAUCCAGGCUAAAUGUGAUCCCUGCCUGUCCAGCCCCUGCAAGAACGAUGGCACAUGCUCCAACGACCCGGUGCACUACUACCGCUGCAGCUGCCCCUAUGGAUUCAAGGGACAGAACUGUGAGGAGCCCAUUCACGCCUGUAUUAGUAACCCAUGCCAGAACAGCGGCACCUGCCACCUGAAGGAAGGAGAAGGGAGCAACUUUUGGUGUGUGUGUCCAGAGGGCUUUGAAGGCGACACCUGCGAGAUCAACAUCGACGACUGCGAGGAUAACGACUGUGAGAACAACUCCACGUGCGUCGAUGGAAUCAAUAACUACACAUGCAUGUGCUCACCAGAGUACACAGCUGCUACCAAUGAGGUGGAGAGAGGGGAGCUGUGUGAAGAGAAACUGGAUUUCUGCGCUCCAGAGCUGAACCCAUGUCAGCAUGACUCAAAGUGCAUUUUGACCCCUCAGGGAUACAAGUGUGAGUGCACUCCCGGCUAUGUAGGUGAGCACUGUGAGCUGGAUUAUGACGACUGUGAGGAGAACAAGUGUCAGAACGGAGGUCAGUGCAUUGAUGCCGUCAACGGAUACACCUGCGUCUGUCCAGAGGGAUACAGCGGGUUAUUCUGCGAGUACGCUCCCCCGAUGGUCCUUCCUCGCACGAGCCCCUGUGACAACCACGAGUGCCUCAACGGGGCGCAGUGCGUUGUCGUGGGAACGGACCCCCGCUGCCAGUGUCUCCAAGGUUACGAGGGCGAGAGCUGCGAGACGCUCGUCAGCGUCAACUUCGUCAACCGUGAGUCCUACCUGCAGCUUCCCUCCAGUCUCCUCGCACCGGAGACCAACAUCAGCCUACAGAUUGCGACAGAUGAGGACAGUGGUGUGCUGUUGUAUAAAGGGGACAAUGAUCACAUCGCCAUGGAGCUGUACAGGGGGCGCCUCAGGGUCAGCUACGACACCGGAUCUUACCCUCCGUCUGCCAUAUACAGCGUGGAGACAGUGAACGAUGGCAGCUUCCACGCUGUGGAGCUGGUGGCAGCAGACCAGACUUUGUCUCUGUCCAUCGACGGCGGGCCGCCAAAAUCCAUCAACUCCAUCAGCAAACAGUCCACACUCAACAUAGAUUCUCCGCUUUACCUGGGAGGUAUGCCAGAACGGGCCUCGGCCUCCGGGGGUCUCUCAUCCCUGCAGCACAGCUCAGGAGGACGCAACGGCACCAGCUUCCACGGCUGCCUCCGAAACCUGUACAUCAACGGGAAGCUCCAGGACCUGGGGGCCGGGCUGGGCUCAGGGGUCGCAGGCUCUGGGACUACACAGAGCACCACCAGACAGUGGCUGGGCCACGGGGUGGAGCCAGGCUGCCAGCCCUGCCAGACAGGCGCCUGCGUCCAGGGUGACUGCCACCCAACGGGGCACCGUGGCUUCACCUGCACCUGCCACCCGGGCUGGACAGGGACACUGUGUGACCAGCAGGUCAACAACCCCUGUGAUGGCAACAAGUGUAUCCACGGCACCUGCCUUCCGAUCAACUCCUACUCAUACUCCUGCCGCUGCCAGCCUGGUUUUGCUGGCGUGCUGUGUGAUGAGCAGGACCAGGAUCCAGCAAACCCCUGCAGUCUGUCUCGGUGUAAACACGGCAAAUGCCGAGUGUCGGGCCUGGGCAAGGCGUACUGCGAGUGUAACAGUGGAUAUACAGGAGAGGCGUGCGACAGAGAGGUGGCCUGCCGAGGAGAACGGGUCCGAGAUGUCUACCAGAGACAGCAAGGCUACGCGGCGUGCCAAACCCAGGAGAAGGUCUCCCGCCUAGAGUGUCGGGGCAGCUGCCCGGGGGGAGCAGAAGGACAGGGCACCUGCUGCACCCCCCUCCGCAGCAAACGCAGGAAAUACACCUUCCAGUGCACUGACGGCUCUUCUUUCGUCCAGGAAGUGGAGAAGGUGGUCAAGUGCGGCUGUACAAAGUGUUCCUCAUAAAAAAGAAAAAACAAAAAAGGAAAGAAAAAAAAAAAAGAGACAACACCCUUGGCAGAUCUCCUCUCCUCCAGAUAUGUUUUAUGUUCCGGCCCGCCUUACUUGACCCCCGUCCUCUUCAUCCAUGGAGAAAAACCCCUUCACCCCCCUUCCACAGCCCCCCACCCGCCCUCACCAACCCUCUUUUGGUUUUUUUUUAAAAACCCUAAAAAAGGCAAAAAAAAAAACAAAAAAAAACAAACAAGAGAAACAACAAAAAAAGAGAGUUUCUUUUCUUGUCAGUGCUGGACUGAUGAUCGAUGCUUCCUCGGUGGGGAUGUUUGAAUUGUAUUGUAAAGUACAAAAACAGACUUAUUUUUUAUUAUGAAGUGGAGAAAAAGACAAAAAAAAAAAAAAGAU